AUGCAGCGAAUGGACGCUGUUGUAGGGGGAGGAAUCGGCGCAGGGGGCGGAGUCGGCGCAGGGGCAGGCGGGGAUGGGGAGGCCGGCGCGGGCGGCGGAUCGGGCGAAGGGGAUGGCGGGAUUGGAGGAGCGCCAGGCGAAGCAGGUUCUCCGGCCUGUGCCAAUGGGAGCGCAACGGUCGAGGCAGCUUUAGACGCGGCCAUAAAAUCCGCCGUCGCAGCCGCCGCCUCCGUCGCCGCAGCUGGCGCGGAAGGAUCGCCUGUUGCGGAUUGCGCAGCUGGAACCCCCGCCCCGGGCGGUGCGGCGGCUUCGGCGGAAGCUCCGCCAGGUGGAGGCGCGGAGGAAGAUGGUCCGCGGCACGCCCACAAGUCGCUCUCCACGGGAACGACCGUGGCCCCUGUGGGGAGUCGCAGCGCGGGGCGGCGCGAGGCUAUCACAGUGAAGAAGCUUCGGGCAGCGAAAGUUUCUAAGCUGCCCAGUUUCAACCACGAGCCAAUCAUCCCCUCCACAACCCCCGAAUUUAACGAAUGGGAAAAACCCGCCACUCCCCCCAGCGACCACCACUACCAGCACUACCACCAGUACCACAACCAACAGCAACACCACCACCAGCAGAACCAGCACAACCAGCAGCAGCACGGGUACCCGCCAGUAUCCCCACCAUCGUUGGACGACCCAGCGUCGUUCAGCCAUCCGCCGCAGUUCAGCUGGCAUGAGGAGGCGCGCGGGUCGCAGUCCAUGGGUCCGCGCACAGGCAGUGGCGCUGCGGUCGUGGCCGCCCGGCGCUCGUUCAAGUACACGCAGCAGUUCCAGCAGCGCGGGGAGCAGCCGCGGUUCGGACAGAAGAAGCCUCAACUGCAAGCAUCCACAGACGAACUCUCCACAGCCACUCUCCCCGCUUCCACCGCUCGCCUCACUCCCUCCUCUCACCCCUCCAUCAACCACCCCUCCUCCUCCUCCCCGCACCAGCAAGCGGCCAUUAAUCCCCCCUCCCCCAAUCAGCACCUCUCCCCCGACCCUGCCGCUUGCCCCCAGCCUGAAUCUCCCCUCGACCGCUCCCCUUCCGCCCAGGUCACGUCGUCCGCCCAGAGGCAGGGGCAGGGGCAGGGGCAGGGGCAGGGGCAGGGGCAGGGAGAGGGGCAGGAGCAGGCGCAGGGGCAAGGGGUGGGGAGGGGUAAGGGACUGAGGCCUCCACCGCACUCCACCGUGCCCGGCCGUACCGUCCCUCGCACAGCCUCCGCACCGCACCCAGAACCAGCCGGGGAGACCCUGAGUGGGCUCAACCCACCGUACUCAACCCUUCCCCACCGCAGCAUCAUCCCCACGGCGUCCCCUGCCCAUUCUUCCGGGCUUGGGCGAAGGCCUAGCUCUGCUCGGCGCGCUCACACACAGCAAGGAGUAGCGGAUCGUGUAGGUGGUGGCACUGGCACUGCAACUGCAUAUACAAGCAGUGCUGUGAUGAGUCGGCCGGUGGUUCGCAGUGCUUCGGCUGAUAGAGCGAGGGGAGGGGUGGUGAGGGGAGAGAGGGAGAGGGAGGGCGAGUGGGAAUGGGUGAGGGGGGGGGAAGGGGAGUGGGAGAGAGUGAGGGGGAGGGAGGGGGCGAGGGAGGGGGCGAGGGGGGGUGCGAGUCCUGCGGUGAGCUUGCCGGAUACAUGUGGAUGUCUGGAUGGUGGUGGUGGUGCUGCUGGUGGUGAUGGUGGUGGUGGUGGUGGUGGUGGUGGUGGUGGUGGUGGUGGUGGUGGUGGUGGUGGUGGUGGUGGUGGUGGUGGUGGUGGUGGUGGUGGUGGUGGUGGUGGUGGUGGUGGUGGUGGUGGUGGUGGUGGUGGUGGUGGUGGUGGUGGUGGUGGUGGUGGUGGUGGUGGUGGUGGUGGUGGUGGUGGUGGUGGUGGUGGUGGUGGUGGUGGUGGUGGUGGUGGUGGUGGUGGUGGUGGUGGUGGUGGUGGUGGUGGUGGUGGUGGUGGUGGUGGUGGUGGUGGUGGUGGUGGUGGUGGUGGUGGUGGUGGUGGUGGUGGUGGUGGUGGUGGUGGUGGCGGUGGUGGCGGCGGCGGCGGCUACGGCGGCGGCGGCGGCGGUGGCGGCGGUGGUGGUGGUGGUGGUGGUGGUGGUGUGGCGAAUGCUGCUGAUAUGGGGGAUGAUGGGAGCAGGGAUUUUGGCAGUGGGGGCGGUGGCAGUGGUGGUGAUGGUGGUGGUAGCUGUGAUGGUGGUGGUGAUGGUGGUGGUGAUGAUGUUAGUCAGAGUAGCUUUGGCUUGGAUGGUACUGAUUUGGGUGAAGGGCUGGUGAUUGCAGAGGAGGAAGGGGUGGUGGAGAGUGGUUUCGAGGAGAAGAGAUGGGUAGAGGAGGGAGAGGGAGAGGGAGAGGGAGAGGGAGUGGGAGAGGAUUCGGGAGGGGGAGUGAUGGAUGGCAGGUUGCAUGGGGAUGACAAGGCUGUUGCUGCUGCUGCUGCUGCUGCUGCUGCUACUGUUACAUCUGGUGAUGUUACAGAGAGGACUGUAGUCCAACGAGUGUGGCAUGAUGGGUUGGGAAACGGUGGUAACAGCAGCAGCAGCAGCAGUAGCAGAAGCAGAAGCAGCAGGCAAGGCAGCAGGAACGGCAACAGUCAUGGCGCUUACGUGCCUAUCGUGUGGAACAGCCGAGGGUAUUACGAUGGCAAUGAUAACUAUGGUGCUGGUGGUGGUAGUUAUGAUUCCGGUGUUGUUGGUGCUGCUGCUGCUGCUGCUGCUGCUGCUGCUGAUGAUGAUGAUGAUGAUGAUGAUGAUGAUGAAAGGAGUGGUGUUCUGUUGAAUGAGAAGGAUUGGGGAAGUGGAGAGGGGACGAUGAGUAGCAAAUUCGGAAGGGAGAGGGGUGCUUGUCGGGAGGGGCUAGGGAGAAGGGCUGGCGUGGACAGAAGAGGUGGAGAUGAGGGAAGAGAGGGAGAGGGAGACAGGGAGGGAGAUAGAGAGGGAGGUAGGGAGGUAGCGGGAGACGAAGGAAAUUGGGAUGUUGCGGAAACAGAACGAGAGCAACAGAGGGAGCAGCAGAGGGAACAAGAGGGGGAGGAGCAGGGGGGUCUAGGCCGGGAGCAGAGACAGCUACAGCGGGAACCGGCAGGUGGUGUGGCGGAGUGGGCUGGGAGGGAAGUGGACACGGGCGUUGGGGGUAGUCAAGGCAGUCGUCAAGGCCAGGUUUGUAGCAGUGGCAAUGAUGAUCGUGGUGGUGGUGGUGGUGCUGCUGCUGCUGUCUCUGCUGUGGCUGAUUGGCAAGGUUCCAACAGUGAUUGUGGCGCUGGUUGCGGUGAUGCUGGUAGUACCAGUGAGUUUGACAGUUACGACUAUUAUGCAGUGGGAGGGGAGGGGAAGCAGGGUGAGGAGGGGGGAGAAGAAGCAGGGCAGCAGCAGCAGCGGUCGCCGUAUAUUGGUGAUGGGCAGAUAGCUGCUGCCACCGCUGCUGCGGCAGCUGCUGCUUCUGCCGGUGAUGGUUACGACUUUUAUGAUGAUUCUGCUAGUGCUGACCACUCUUUUGCAUCUGCAGCACAAGGCAUCAGAGACCACAGCGGCGGAGCAGAGGAGGCAGAGGCGUCAGGAGCGUAUGAUAAUAUCCGGUGGCCGCAGCCUAACCCGAAAAUGGCGGCACGUGCAGAGAAGGAGAAGGAGAGGAAGAAGAGCCUUUGGUUUCUUGUGAGCAAGGCGAUGAUUGUGGACCGUUGA